GCACAAAGUAAAAAACACUCCGUAAGUUACUUAGAUUAUGCUGUACCAAUUUAUCCGAAGACAUCAAAACCAUUCAAUGACCAACCCACACUUGUACGCAUGUACACACGGGAAUAGUGUGAAGUAAAGUGUAUACACUACAGGCCAUUUAGUUUUGAGUCCUUGUUGGAAUGUUUUUCCCAAUACAGUAAUAAUUAAAGUUUCAGAUUGAAUGCAGCUACGUACACAUUAGACAGCCAAAGAAAGACUGGACUUUACAAUCCUAUGAUGAGGGAACUUUUAGUGCUGCUGUCUUUUUUGCUUGCCACUACAGGCAGCAUGGAUGUCUACAUAGAGCACGACGAAGACAGAAUAUGUAAACAUACUGCCCCGCAGACUCUGCUGUGUCCCAGUGUCGACCAAUACGCCAGUCAAUACAGUCACAUUUCAAACGUCACCAUACAUUUGUCUGGAAAGGUAACCGUAUCGUCUUUGGUACAUUUUCAAAACGUCUCUGACUUGUCUAUUAUUGGAGUCUCUGAGUCUAAAAAGGCAAACAUCGCAUGUACUAGGUCAGGAUUCCGGUUUGUUCACGUACAUUCUCUAACAAUUUUAAACGUAAUAUUUGUCAAUUGUGGAGCCGAGUAUUUGUUUCAGAACAACACCGUGACAACAGCCAUCAUCAUCACUAGUUGUAGCGGUGUGUCGCUAACCAACGUUGACAUCACAAACAGUAGUGAAACCUCCUUGCUUAUUGAGAACACUGCAGGGAAAAUUUCUCUUCUAAACACUCGUGUUUAUAACAAUAUAUUGGGAGGUCAUAGUAAACCAGGUGGAUCGUUUGCUGGAGGAGUACAGAUAUUCUUUGGUGCAGAUGCCAACAGAAGUAAUUAUGAAAUUUUGAAAUGCAACUUUUUCGAUAUCAUGACACCCAAUUACACAGAGUUUGUUGAUCCACUUCAGCUAGAUACGAGUAAUUGGCUAGAAUAUGGAGUUGGAGGCGGGCUAUCUAUCACUUUCAGUAAACAUUCAUCAGAUCAUAAAGUGGUAAUUGAAAAUUGUACAUUUGAAAACAACACAGCGCCAUGGGGAGCCGGAAUGUAUGUUAAAUUCUUAAGCUUUUGUGUCAACAACUCUGUUACAGUUAAGAACACGACAUUUCGAGGCUGCAAAGCACAAGGAGGUGGUGGAAUGGUUGUGGGUUUUGCUAAACGAGUACUAACUACGAUCAACAAUAAUUCAGUUUCUGUAAUAAAAACCACAUUUUACAACAAUGAUGGACAGUUUGGAGCGGGCACGUACAUAUUUUCAUUUUUGGGAGAUUCAGAAUUCACCAAUAGAGGAAUAAAUUUCUCUAACUGUAGCUGGAUAGGCAACACUGCCACAUAUAGUCCAGCUGUGGAUGUAUCACCUUCUCGAUUUGACUACAUUAAUAAUGCAGGACUUCUACCAAUCCCCGUAUUCGAAAACUGUAAAUUCAUAAAUAACACCAUUUACUUCAAGGAAGAAAACGGAAGUAAACUAGUGACCGCAGGUGUCUUCGUUAUUUCUCGUUUUACUGUUCGAUUUGUUGGCUCCAUUCUUUUUGAAAACAAUGCCUACAGUGCAUUGUUGCUCAAUUCAGGACAAAUGAUCCUAGAGCAAAACACACGAGUUCAAUUUAUCAACAAUACAGGAUUCCGUGGUGGAGCUAUUGCCUUACAUGGUUCCUCAUCAAUACUCAUCAGCAUAAACAGUCAAGUUGAGUUUUACAACAACUCCGCUACAGAAUAUGGUGGUGCUAUUUUUUAUUAUACAAUAGAACAGCGGGACUUUUUCAUAAGUCGGUCGUGUUUUCUACAAUACAGUGGAGAUAGUGAAAUAGCUGUUGGUAAUCGAAACAUCAAUUUUGUUUUCAUUGGCAACACUGCUCCUCUUGGCGGAUCUUCUAUUUUUACUUCGACAUUUUUAUCGUGUUUCUAUAGAUACAGAGGGAGCAUUGAAGGACAUCAAGUUGAGGAUUUUCUUGAAGAUAUCGGAAAUUUUACCUUUGAAACUGCAAACAACACAGCAAGGUCUCUUGGCACAACUGGAUAUUUGUUCAAUAAUGAGAUUGGAAACAAAACCCUGAUAUCAACACCAGGAAUGAGCCUUCACCUACCUUUCACAGUGCAAGACGAACUGAAGCAAACCUUACAAUCCGAAUUCUUCGUAGAAGUAAUUGGUGAGAACGAUAGCUUUUUUUCUAAUAGCCACUACACUAUCAAUAAUUCUGUCAUACUUUAUGGUACUGAAAAUGUCACGGGGUGUUUGACUGUUAGUACACAGCAUGCUCAUCGUCUUCUUCAGUAUUCUAUAGAGGUUAAACUUGAGCAGUGUCCACCGGGCUUCUACCACGACAAUCAGACAUUAUCUUGUCGCUGUUCUGCCUACAAUGAAAGCACUGCCUACUAUGGAAUAACCAAGUGUAAAGUUCAUACCUACAGGGUUAUCAUCGAGGGUGGCUACUGGGCUGGAUACACCCCCCAGAAAAAUGACCUUUAUACCGCUCAAUGCCCUUUCCAAUUCUGCAGUUUGAAUACUACUACUAGAAGAGAGCAAAUACUCCCUAAUUCGAGAGAAGAUCUUGUGAAUAAUUCCUUCUUUUGUGACUCAACGCGCCAAGGGAUACUUUGCGGGCAAUGCAAGUGGGGGCAUUCUACAUUCUAUCAUUCCAAGACAUUUACUUGCGGAAAGAAUGAUAACUGUGAUUACGGGAUCAUCUUCUACAUUUUUUCAGAGCUUUUUCCAGUGUUCAUAUUUUUCACAGUUAUAGUUUUAUUGGAUUUCAGUUUUACGACAGGAUCUAGAAAUGGGUUUAUCUUCUUCAGUCAGAUGGUGACCAUUUUAGAAUUUGACCAUUCGUUCAAUGAUGAGUUCCUCAAAGCUCUACAGGUAGGAUACAAUAUAUUUUACGGCAUCUUCAAUAUUGAUUUCUUUUCAGUGGAACCAUUAUCCUUUUGUCUUUUCAAGCACGCUACAGUAAUGGACGUACUCGCUUUUAAGUACAUCACCACAGUGAUUGCUCUAGCCCUUGUGAUACUAGUGGUUGUAUGUAUGAGCUACUGCAUGUGCUGCACAAAGCUGUGCACAGCAUUGAAAAAAAAGGUGAACACUCGAGCAUCAGUGCUGCAUGGACUUUCUGCAUUCAUUGUUAUCUGCUAUGCUGAAUGCGUUCGAGUAUCGUUUUUUAUACUAAGGUACAUAACACUGAGAGGAGCUGGUGGCAGUAGUGGACCAAACAUGAUUUUUUACGGAGGAAUUGAAUACUUAGGAGAAAACCAUGUGAUCUAUGCGAUGCCUGCAAUUGUCAGUCUGGUAACAAUAGCUUCAAUACCACCAAUUCUACUGCUUGCUUAUCCAUCUGUUUUGAAAAUAUUAGAGACAUGUGAACUGAGCGAACAUCGGCUAGUGCUGGGUGCCCUGAGAGUGACUCGAUUCAAUUCACUGAUGCCUAUGUUUGAUGUAUUCCAGGGUUGUUUCAAAGACAGCUACUCGUUUUUUGCAGGACUCUAUUUCAUCUAUCGCGCAGCUAUAUUAAUACCAUACUCUUUCAGUGGAAUCGUAUUUGAGCAUACUUCUGUGACUGCUUUAAUCCUCAUUCUAAUCUUGGGCAUUCACUCCGCUGUGCAACCAUACAAGUCGAAACAACACAAUACCAUUGAUAGCUUGCUUUUUCUAAAUCUGGCCGCAAUCAACGGAUUAACGGUAUUGGCGAUUCAAUUAGCACAUGUUCCGUCCACAAAAAACGAAAGUCUGGCACAUGGCAUGGCCUACAUACAAGUGUUGCUGAUAUAUACACCCAUAAUGGUUUUAGUUGCAAUCUGUAGUCUAAAGCUGUAUGGUCUGGUUAAAAAGCUAAUGAACAGGUCAGGUGAAGUACACGUGAUAUCUGAUCAUGAGUUUCUGGUCCAUUUGGAUAGUGUGGACAGGUCAGUAGAACAAGAGACAAAUGAAUUUGAGAGUAACUACAACCAAAGUAACUGAACAAUGUGCACAGCAAAUAUAUACGACACUUAUCAACUCUUAUUUUAGCACAAAACCAUUUUAUAAAUACAUUCACUUAGUUCUAACUUGACCGUAAAAAAAUGAUGCACUCCUAACACAUACAGCUAGUAUAUAGGUACUGAUUCAUCCUGAAAACUGUUAAUUUAAAUGCAGCGUUAGCUUGAAAGUGACACAAAUAAUUUUUCUGUUGGUUUUGUUUCUCUACUUUGCUAAGCUGUCAAUAGUUUUUAACUGCUGCUAUACGUGCAAUCAUGUUUAUUGGCUUUAAUAAUGCUAAUUAUGCACUGGCUACAUUUAAUAGCAGUCCCACCCACAAACUCCUUUCAAUGUACAAUGUAGAUGUUAUACACGUGUACGUACAUGUACAUGCUGGGAAUAGUGUAACGAAGCAGUUAAGCACAUUUAUAGACUUGAG